AUGGCAGCCGAAGGCAGCGGCACAGCCCGGCUCAAAAGCGCUCUGGAGGAAAUCGAUGAAAACGACGACGAUUUCGUGUUCACCAUUCGCAAGCCGGGGUCUGGGAACAACGGGACGGGCGACGACGACGACGGGGAGGAUUUCGUGUUCAACAUCCCCAAGAAGAUCGUUCAGGCAGUUGCUGCACCGAUCAUCUUCACCAGCCCGCAUCCCAGGCAGACGCCUGGGUUCGGCCAGGGCCCGACUGGAGCUAGUGGGAACAGCGGGAGCAGCAACCGGGUUCCCUCGGGACAACAGUCUGGACGAAAGAGCCCUGCCAUGUCUGGUGCUAAGGUUUCCCCUGAUGACGCAGCCGCAGCGGGAGGGGGAGAGGGAGGGGGAGGCGAGGGAAACCCGGCCCAGAGCGGACUGAUAGCCCGAGCCAGAGCUGCUUGGUCUGUACAGGUGGGGCGUUCGGGAGGGAAGGACGGUGGGGGGACGUGGGAAGGGGAGAAGAUCCGGGGACAGGUGGGGAAUUUGGCCCCGUCUGGGCUGACUUGGGAGGAGGAGAUUGCAUCUCAGCUGGCGUCGGUAGGGGUGCUGGUGGGGCCGGCGAAGGCCCAGGCCAUGGCUGCUGCUGCCGCUGCUGUGAAAGAAGGGAAGGGCGGCGGAGGGGAUGGGUCUGGCGGCGGUGCUGCUGGUGGCGGUGCUGGUGGAGUAGGAGGAGGAGUUGGAGGGGCGGGGGCAGGGGGGGGGGCAGCAGGAGCAGGAGGAGGAGGGGGAGCUGCAGCAGGUGCCAUGACUCCUAGGAGUAGGCUGAACCAGCCACCAAUCGAUCACGCUCGCUCGUUCUCCACUGCUGGGUCAGGGUCCGGGUUUGGCAUGCAGGGGUCGCGGCUCAUAGACCGUGUGUACGUGGGCAUGCCGGCACAGGCGGCAGGCAGGUUGUUCACCCGCAACAUGUCCAUGCCCAAUGGGGGAAGGCCAGCUGGCGGCGCGGUCGGAGCUGGGAUUGGCGGGGGGCUUGGAAGGCUGGCUCGGGGGCUAAAAAAGACGUUUAACCUGCAGAGCAGUCAUGAUAAACUGAUUGGGCGGCAGGAAGGUUGUUCACCCGCAACACGUCCAUGCCCAAUGGCGGGCGGCCAGCUGGCGGCGCGAUCGGAGCUGGGCUGA